AGAUUCAGAAAGGUAAAGGCAUUAAGUAGCUCCUUCUAGUUGUGGUUGUAGAAAUACGGUUGGUAGUGAAAGAUGUCAAUUGUUCCUAGGGACGGUUCCAAUUCCUCUCACGAGUUUUGGGAUCUGAAUGGCUUGGCUAUGUCUAUGUGGGAUCCAUUCGCGGAUUUCCCUUUCCCUCCUUCCAUUUCUGCCUUGGGAUUCGGGUCAUCGAUGAACACACGUGUGGAUUGGAGGGAGACACCGAGAGCGCACGUGUGGCAGGUGGUGCUUCCGAGGUUCAGCAAUGAGGAGGUGCUGCUGGAGCUCCAGGACGAGAGGAUGCUUCAAGUGAGCGUGGAGAGCGGAAACUUCCUCACCCGGUUUAAGAUUCCCGACAACGCUAACCUCGAACAACUCAAAGCCGACAUCAAUCACGGGGCUCUUCUUGUCACUGUUCCCAAGUUUCCCCAACAACCUCCCACUACGAAUGUCAGGCUCAUUCCUAUUGACGCCACCGACUGAACCGGUCUCAAUUCUCAAACUCUGUCCCCCUUUAAUCCAUCGCAUUUCUUCUCUUACUCCUUAAUCUUACUUCGUGUGUAUGCAUGUAUGUGAUUGUGAUAUAUCCUGUUCUGUUCUGUUGAGUUAAACCAAUGUAUAUUAUUAUGUAUGCUAAAAUUCUAAUUUGAUUAAUUAUAAUAUUUUAAAGUUUUAAUUUA